GCCGGCGCCAGCGUGUUCUCGGCGCUGGAGCGCCCGUCCGAGGCGGCGGCGCAGCGCCGCUGGAACCGGACCCUCACCGACUUCAGCCGCCUCUUCAACAUCAGCCUGCCCGAGCUGCGCGCCUUCCUGCGCAGCUACGAGGCCGCCAUGGCCGCCGGCAUCCGCGCCGAGGCGCUGCGGCCCCGCUGGGACUUCCCGGGGGCUUUCUACUUCGUGGCCACCGUCGUCUCCACCAUCGGUUUUGGAAUGACCACACCAGCAACAGUGGCUGGAAAAGUGUUCCUCAUCAUUUAUGGUCUAUUUGGGUGUGCUGGGACUAUCCUUUUCUUCAACCUCUUCCUGGAGCGUAUUAUCUCUCUUCUGGCUUUUAUCAUGAAGACUUGUCGUGAGAGACAGCUGCGAAGAAGUGGUCUUCUACCUCCUAACUUCCGAAGGGGUUCAGCAAUCUCUAAUGUGGGCAGUCUUCCUGGCUGGAAGCCAUCUGUUUAUCAUGUGAUGCUGAUUCUGGGAAUUUUUGCUAUCACACUUUCCUGCUGUGCCUCAGCUAUGUACACUGCAGUGGAAGGAUGGAACUACAUUGACUCCUUAUACUAUUGUUUUGUUACCUUCAGCACCAUUGGCUUUGGAGACUUGGUAAGCAGUCAAAAUGCUGUGUACCAAAAUCAGGGAUUAUAUAGAUUUGGAAACUUUAUGUUUAUAUUAAUGGGGGUAUGUUGCAUAUACUCUCUUUUUAAUGUCAUAUCAAUUGUAAUCAAGCAAGUUUUAAAUUGGGUGUUGAAAAAGUUUGGAUGCAGAUGUUGUUCAAAGUGCCAUAAAUCAAGUGCCCGCCUUGGACGACGCAACGCCAUUACCCCUGGAGCCCGCUUACGCCGGCAUAACCUCUCUAUGGAAACUGACGGACAGUAUGACAGUGACACAGAGGGGAGGAGGCUUUCUGGUGAAAUGAUCUCGAUGAGGGAGCUCACAGCUUCAAACAAAGUCUCCUUGGCCAUUUUGCAAAAGCAGUUGUCAGAGACGGCCAAUGGCUAUCCUCGAAAUGUCUGUAUCAACACCAGACAAAAUGGCUUCUCUGCAGGAGUGGGUGCUCUCGCCAUCAUGAACAAUAGAUUGGCAGAAACAAGUGAUUCUAGGUAG